GCGCAUCGAGUGACUAAAAUCCUGCGGUAAAGACGAUUAAAAUGUUGUGCGGGUUUUUGCAGAAAAUAUUAACCGUUUUUUGUUUCAAAACAAAAUUAAAAAUUAAAAUUAAAAAAGAUUCAGCUAAUUGAAGAGUUUGCAGAUUUUACUUCUGCUUUAACUCAUCAUGCCACCGAUAUCAUCCAGCAAUACGACGUCAGACAGCACGAUUUCCAAGUUCACAAAGAUUCUCCCCCUUUCAAUUCGAAAAGAUGGUUCACUCGCGUCAUUUUCCGCAGUGUCAGAUUCUUCCGCCAGCGGAGGAGGUAGGCGAUCAUCCAGUCCUCAUCGUCCCCAAGGCGAAUCGAAGGAAAACGUUCGGGUCACGCUGACCUAUCCGUCGCCCGCAUGUGGAGCCAUGAAUCCUCACAAGGACAUCACACUGCGCCUCACGAACGAUGAAAAUCCAGGAUUCUUCUAUCAUUUGAAGAUAACCGAGGCUGACUUCCCCGAAUUAAAAUCGCAGCAAGGACUUUUAGUGGAUUUUUAUGGCUUUCCAAAUCAGUUAGUGACCCUUUUGGAAAGAUGCGAUGGAAAUUAUGGGGGCGAGGAUGGCUCUUCUUUUGGAGGUGGUGGAGGAGCAAAGUUCGUUAUGGUCAUGAAAAUUGGAUCACAUGCAAUUGUAUUGGACAUUGUUGAAUCAAACCCUUUCAAAUACCUUUGUCACUUGUCUCUCCACAUCAACGCCGGGACGGAUGGUGAGGUCAAGAAAUACCUUUGCGAUGUAACUAGCGGGCUAAAAAAGGACUACGAACUCCUUCGAGACAAGUAUAAUCAUUUAAUGUCCAGCAUGGAAAGUGAGUCUGCCAGGAUGAAGGAGCAGAUGGAUGUUAAGAAUGGAGAAAUUGGUCAUCUCAGAGACCAACUUCACGCCCAGGCUAAUUCCCUCUCGACCAAGCAUUUCCAAGAUAUGACGCAAGAAAAGGAAAAGCUAUUAAAGUUGCAGUCGGAACUUGCUGCAAAGUUUGAAUAUGAAAGGAGCGAGAUGGAGAGGCGACACUCAAUUACAAAUUCUACUGUGGAGGAAAGAAUAUCUUGUCUCGAGACAGAAAAUCGUGACCUGCUUCAAAGCAAGUAUAAAAGUGAGACAGCUCUGCAAGACGCAGCCAACAAAAUAAAGCAUUUCGAAGACGAUCUCAAACUUUUGCAACAGGAAAUUACGCUUCUUCGGAAACAGAAUGACAAAUUGGAUCACGAUUACCACGAGAAGCAAAGCCUGAGUACGAAUCUACACAAUCGCGUCACUAAUUUGGAAAGUGAACUUAGAGAGAAGCAAAUCACUCUGGAAAAAAAUCAUGAACAGAUUAUGCAGUUGUCCGAAACCAAAAAGACUCUUGAAGAUCACGCCACGGCGAUGGUGAAUGAGGUCGAAAGGGUGAAAAAUGUGAACAAAAUGGUCUCAGCAGAGUUGAUUAAAGCGAAUGAGAUUAUUAAAAAGUUGCAGGAUGAUAUUCGCACUUUGAACUCAAAGACGAAAUUGCAAACUCAAGUAACUACGGAGCAAGAACGUGUCAUCACGGACAGAGACAAAGCUAUUAACGAUCUGGAAGCCACUAUUUCCUCUUUAACUGCAUCCUUGUCUACAGCAAAAGCCGAUGUCGACAAGCUAACGAAAUCAGAACAAGAUGCUGACGUAAAAAUACAAGAGUUGGAGAAAACGAUUACAUCGAAUGAAAACAUGAUUUCAUGGUUAAACAAACAACUCAACGAAUUUCAAGGCCUUUCCAACUUAUCAAAGUUUAGACAAAAUCUAGCCAUGAGUGCAAACUCACAACUUGGACAACAUCAAAAUAAUCCUUCCCCAAUUGCGCAUUCAACCUCUACUGGCCCCACUAUGUCCAAUAAUAAUGAACCAGCCCACUCAAAAAUGUACUCUGCUACAAAUAAUGAAGGUAGUGGUGGGAGACGCUUUGGAGCUGCAUUCUCAGCAAGCAAUCAAUCUCAGAACACUCUCCUGAACGGAACUCCUUCUUGGAUGCACAUUUAUCAAAGCACUUCCACUCCGUUGGAUGAUGACCUAAGUUCCAGACUGGAAAAGGUGGCGACUAACCCAGGUCUCGGUAUGAAUUAUAACGACUUGAAGUCACGUUUCGCAGACCCGUAUGAAACUGAACUAAUGAACAAAGACGGCAAGAAAGAGACUGACGACGCAACAACAAAGCCAACAAAGAAUCAUCCUAGUAGGACACCGACUUGGGCUCGGGGCCGUGGUGGCAGAGUCACUUUGGAUCUAACGGCUGGAAAAGCAGGGGCGUUACGUCGGUAAUUGUUUCGAUUUUGCAGUUUGUUUCCUUGAUCUCUUAUCGGUAUCUUAAUUUUCUAAUUUUACCAAUCUAUUUACUAUUAAUUAUAAUGCACUAUUUCUGUCUUCAAGCAUGUUAGCUUUAUGCUGAGUUAGCAAUUUGGUAAAGUUCCAUUCACGUUUUUUAAGAAAGUCUGUGCAAUUUGGUAAUAUAUUUAUUUUAUAUUUUAAUAUAUGGCAAAUAUAUUUUCAAUUGUUUUAGUGCUACAUAUAAGUUUAAUUGGUCAUUAUGUAGUGUUGUUAAAACUGUUAUAAAUCAUGUGUUUAAUUCAAUUCAAUUUUUAGAAACUCUGUCAUGAAUUAUGACUUUUUUCCUUUAAUUCAUAUGCAAAUAAUAGAACAUAUAACCGGCCAAUACCACGCUACACGUAUGUGUAAUACAUACUGACACUUGUCAAUGCAAUGCUACCUUUUUAACAUUAACAAUAAAUGAACUAUG